AUGACCUCGACGCCUUUCCAAGUCCGCGACGGCACGUCACCAGAUGAUGCCGACUUCAUCGUCGCCGCCUUCGAUUCGUCCAUUGCCUACCUCGACUCGACCGGCAACGGCGGUCAAUGGGGCACCCAACUCUUCUCCAGUAGCAGCGGCUUCCUCGAGUCCACCCGCCACGACAUCGAGCAGUCCGUCAACUUCUCCCAGACGGGCCAGGGAGAGCGCAUCCGCGUCUUUAUCGCCCAGGUUGACGAUGCAGCAGCCGGCGGCCGAGACAGCAAAAGCGACAGCGACAGCGACAACGACGGCCUGUCGCGCACGACGGACCGAAAACAAGGCAAGACGAUGCUGUCCGUCGGCGCCAUGACCAUUCGCGACAACGAGUUUGCCCGGUUCAUUGACCUGGACGGCGGGGAUCUGAAGCCGCAUGUGGACGCCGCUCGAGGCGCGGGCGGCUUCGUCUUCGUCGACGUCGUUGUCACCGACUAUCGCGCCGGCGCGGCGCGGCGAGGGGCAGGCUGUGCUCUGCUCGACAAGGCCAAGGAGUAUGCGCGGGACCGGGGAACGACGGCCGUCUACCUUACCUGCUGGACGGGUGGCACGGGCAAGCUGGUGCCAUACUAUGAAAAGCACGGGUUCAAGGCAAUCCAAGCAUUCGGCUUCGACCGCAAAGACGGCAGUGUGUGGCCUGGCAUGUUGAUGCGCCUAAGCAUUUCCAGCAAAGAGGCCCAGUAA